CAAUUUUGAUUAAACCAUUCUAAUUUGCAACCCUUUUCCAUUUCUCAACGCCUCUGUUUUUCUUCUUCUUCCUCUUCCUUCUGCUUCUUCUUUAUUUCCACCACUCUGCGACAUGGCCAGAGGAGCCUCACAAUCUCAGUCCGCGGUUUCUGCACCCACGCGACCAGGGGGCAUGGCUCCCCGCGGAUCUGCUGCCGCCACAGCCGGCAUGCGCCGCCGCCGUCUCGGCGGAGGAGGCGCCGGAAACAGCUCCGCCGGAGGCGGGGGAGGCUCCGGCGCCGGAAGUAACAUGCUGAGGUUCUACACGGACGACGCCCCUGGGCUGAAGAUUUCGCCGACGGUGGUGCUGGUGAUGAGCCUCUGCUUCAUCGGCUUCGUGACAGCCCUCCACGUGUUCGGGAAGCUCUACCGCUAUAAAUCUGGCGGUGGCGUUUGAUUUUAGGAUCCGAUAACUUAGGUUUCCGAUCCUUUUUGGAUUUGUAGUUCUGAUCCGUACCCUAAGCGCUUAAUUUUCGGUUCUCCAUUCAAAACGCUGCGUUUUUUAUUUUUAUUUUUUUGUUCCCCUUUCCCACUUGCUAUUUUGUAGCUGUGAAUGAAAUGAAUGAAUCUUCUUUCUUACUGUUGUUGAAGGAAAAGUCGUUUCUUUUUGCCUUUCUGCGAAAUUCGAUCUGUGCCAUUUAUCUAUUUCUUUUUAUUCAUUAGAUCACUUUAUUUUAGUACUUUAAUUUCUUUUUUAUAUAAAAAAGAAAGUUUCUAUAGGACAAGUUAUGUUUGAUGAGAGAGCUAGUUUGCUUCGUUGUUAUCAAUGUAGCUUAGUUUAUAGUAUACGAUUGUCAUAAUUUGAUUUGCAAGUUUAUAGUAUAAUUAACUGUGGAUUUUAUAAGAGUUAUCUUAGGAAAAAUGAUUGUGUCGAUUCCAUGCGAGUCUCAAAAUAUUGUGUGUAGUAAAUUUUGUGUGAUCAUUCGUGGACAGGCUGGUACUGAUUAUUGUCUGCAAUGUAUUUACCUUUCCUUGCGUCAUUCAUGCAUGGACAGGCUGGUACUCUUAUCUGUGGCUGCCAUUUGUCCCUUUGAUCAUGGUCUUGCUAAUUGGAACCAAGUUGCAAGUGAUCAUAACCAAGAUGGGUCUUAGAAUUCAACAAGAAGGAGAGGUCGUAAAGGGUGUAUCAGUGGUGCAGCCUGGGGAUGACCUCUUCUGGUUUAACAAUCCUAGACCUAUUCUCUACCUCAUUAAUUUUGUGCUGUUUCAGAAUGCUUUCCAGCUUGCUUUCUUUUCAUGAACUGCGCUUCAAUUUGGCAUGCAAUCCUGUUUCCUUUCGCGUACGGAGGAUGUGGUGAUCAGAGUCUUCAUGCGGUGUGUCUCAUUCCAUUCCCUUUUAAGUUUUAACUGCUACCACAAUUUAUCCAAUUUUAGUGUAAACUUUAUGGGGAAAGUACUUCUUACCUGAGUGCAGAAGGCAAAAAGUGCAGCAACAUUUUCUUUUAUCAGGAUACGCGUCCGAAUCCUGUUUUUUUUUUUUUUUUUUAUAGAAUCCGCACGUGUAUCCUAGUGUUAAAAAUUUGCUGUAACUUUUCUCAUCAGCAGUCACAUGAGAAGCGACGGACCCAAAGUUUAUUGCGUCCAAUUAACAUGGAUGAUUUAUUUUUGAGUUUUAUAAGAGUUAUGUCGUAGGAAAAGUGAUUAUCUAAUAUUAUAGAGAUUCGUUUUGCGUGCAAUA